GGUUCACUCAGCUGCACAUAAUUCAAGAACAUAAAGUGAACAUCAAGUGAUGUUCUCUAGAAAAUUAGUUCUUUUGUCGUGGUCAUCCUUUUUGGUCUCAGCUGGUGCUUUUGUGCCUCCAGUGCACCAUAACGGCCAUGCAUCUAUUACACCUUCCGUCGACUCGAUCUCUUGCGCCAGGACGAGAUCGUUUGCCCUCGCAACAAAGCCGUAUGAGGCCAAUAGAUUAACACCUGCCAAGUUAUCCUCCAAUCCCUCAGAGAAGGCAGAAAAGCCAAUAAGGAUCGACACGAAGGACGAGUGGGACCGAGCUGUUGCUACUGCUGUACAUGAAGACAAACUUAUCGUUGCAGAGUUUCGUCACGAAUUCUGCAGAAAAUGUAUGGCUCUUGCCGGAAAGUACAGCAAAAUGCCGUCCUUGUAUGCUGGCAAGAACAUCAUGUUUCUGGAGAUCGAUGCACAGCGAAUCGGAAAGGAACUGAGGACCCAUUUAGGUGUUAACGUCGUUCCAACGGUCCAGCUUUGGAAGAAUCUCAGGAAGCUGGAAGUUUAUGAAGCUGAAAAGGACUUGAGCAAGUUUAUUCCAACGAUCUCCGAGAUGAUAUCCAGACAUGAACCUGAUUGCGAACGAAAGAUCAAUGUGCAGCCAGAAACUGUGGCAUCAACACCGAAGCAAAAUGCAGAAUCCAAACAAGAGGUGGAAGAGCCCCAAUUCACCAAGAUUGAUCAAGAUGCAUUCUCGGCAUGGAAGAUGCGACAAUCAAGCACUGUCGUAGUUCGUGCAACUGGGAUUUCUGAAGCGAAGGGCACCUCAACGCUUCUCCGUUCUUGGGAGCCAUCAGAGCAUUCCAGCAAUGAUCCAGAUCAUGAGAAUCACACGCCCGCUAGCAAUGCAGUCAGAAUGAACCCCAACAAAGGUGGGAUGUCAGCUGCUGAGCUUAGGGCACAACUUGAAAAGCUGGAGAAGAGAUAACAGGGCGGACCCCUUGGUUGCUUGAUUGGAGGAGUCUGUUCCUGCUCAUUCAAUCCUUGAGCGGAAGAACCAUCUGGACUUCCGAAUAUUUUUUUAACUCUAGAUUUUCAUGUCGCGAAUAAAUUUGUCUAUGAG